CGUUUCCAUGGAGACGGGGGGGCGGGGCUUGUGUCGGUCCGAGGCCGCACUCUGCUGCAGCUCCCGGGGUCCAGAGAGAGGGGGAGGGAGAGAGUGCGAGUCCGGGCCAAGGCCCAGAAACAUACAGAGAGAGAGUGAUUGAGUGAGUCUAGGCCAAGGCCCAAGGCGAGAUAGUGUCCAGGCUAAGGCCCCGAGAGAGACCAGGCCAAGGCCCGGGGCCCCGGGAGAGCGAAGCCGAGCUGACACAGUCAACCCGGGAGUGGGCGAGAGACACCAGGCCCUAGAGGCGGCUGGUGGAAGGUUGAAGAUUUGUUGCACUUCAGUUUGAAGAGAUCACAUUCCAUUUGGCAGUAAUCAUGCCACCUAAAUUUAAACGACAUUUAAAUGAUGAUGACGUGACAGGAUCCAUAAGAAGUGAAAGGCGAAAUCUGUUAGAAGAUGAUUCUGAUGAAGAGGAAGAUUUUUUCCUAAGGGGACCUACUGGACCAAAGUUUGGACCACAGAAUGAUAAGAUCAAACAUGUCCAGAAUCAAGUGGAUGAAGUUAUUGAUGUGAUGCAGGAGAACAUCACUCGAGUGAUUGAACGAGGGGAGCGACUUGAUGAACUACAAGACAAAUCUGAAAGUUUAUCUGAUAAUGCCACGGUUUUCAGCAACAGAGCAAAGCAGCUACGGCGUCAGAUGUGGUGGAGAGAAUGUAAGAUGAAGGUCAUCAUAGCAGUGGUCGUUGUAAUUGUCUUGUUAGUCAUUAUCAUACCUGUAAUUUUGAAGAAUCGCUCCUGAUGCCAAAUCUCUCUCAGCGUCAGUCCGCAGUCAUAGAUUGAUGGUCUGCAGCUCUGUUCAAGUUCUGUUGAGAUCACCUAGAGAAAAUCCAAAUUGAAAUGGGUUUUAUUCAUAACCAUAAUCAAGGUUAACUUCUUUCUCAUAUUGCAGUUUAAUGUGUACCCAUUAUUGUCCAUUAAAAUUAUCCAUAUGCUGUGGAAAUCUAACCAUGGUGACUUUUACCCCUUUGUACAAUAUUCAUUUUCUUUGAAAUAUACCUGCAAAAUUUCUACAACUGUAUGUUUGUAUAGUGUUCUUCCCCACUCUCGUUAGUGUCCGUGGACCCCCAACAGCAUGGAUCUGUUCACUGUCAUACUUGCAGGAGUUUGCCAGUACCAUUUUUGUACAUGAAUUGGCUUGGACUUUUUUUAAUGCACCGUUUUUCCUCACCCUGUUGUAAACCCUUACCUAACUUUGUCCAUUGCCAUGGGCAACAGGUUGCUUAUAAAAUCUGUAGUGCAGACUUUUGAAUUACCAGCAUGACAUUAAAGGUGAAAGAUUUUAUUUAGUAUUUUUCCCUCUGUUAAUUAGUUUCACACAAGCAGUAGGGGCUUCUGCCCCUACAUCUUCACUCACCAAUCCAGGCAGAUCUGCGAGACAGGAAGAUACGUGUGGCAUUAGAGAAGGAUUCAACGGCUACACAAAACCUGCAGUCUGGUGUGAAUGCUCCUUCUGUAGCCCCCCAGUGAUGUGGUGUAAAGUGUAAAAACACCAAGAUCUUUCUAAAGAUUGUAAAAAUACUUGUAUAUUUAAGGAACUUGACUUGUUGACUUUUAUGUUGUAACUAUGUUUUAGUGCAAUUGUAUUUUUUAUUCAUCACUGCGUUGUACAGACCACCUUAACUUAUUAUGUAUAUGUAUGGGUGAAUGCAUGGACAAUUUCACAAUAUUCCCUAAACUGAAGGAAACUACUGAGUAGAGACUUAAAAUAAAAUAUUACAUCUUUUCAUUGCUUGAUUUCUUUUAAUUGUUACAAGAUAAUGAUUUGAAUUUUUUGAUUCUUUUGAAAGUGUAUUGAUAAAUAUGAAAAUAAAAGGUUAACAAUCUCUCAA